GCCUACGAAAAAACUCUCAAUUAAAAAUAUCACCCGGAUCACGUACAUCUGGCCAAUCCUCUAAUGUGAAACGCUUAGGAAAAUAAAGACUUAAAUCGUCCUGAUGUGCAUCGUGUAUUGAGGGGCCCACUGGACACCGCCUUGGUGGGGUCUUUUAAUUAUUAGUUUUUGUUGACGGUUUACCUAAAGAUCUCCUUUGUUCCUUAUCUCUUCAUUGUACAACUGUAAACCACUGUUGAAUUCAUUUACAACAAUCGUGCCCCAAAGAAAACAUCUGUUUCGGCGUCGACACAACUCGGACAGUAUCACGGACUGGAUCACGGAUGGAUCACAGAACGGAUCUUGGGUCAGAGUGCGGAUCGGAUCAUAGAAUUAAAAAAAGCAGUGUCCUCGUUCUAUUCAUUUGGAGCAAUGUUGCAUUCAAGUUUGUGCAGUGCCGGAGCACCCCCGGGACUUACUUCACUGAUGAAACGAGGUUAGCUGGGCAGAUGGAACCCUGUUUGAACAAAUGUGGCAACAGAUUUCAAACCAAUGACGCGGAAAUAUCAAGUGAAGAGUUGUCUAGUCAUCAGAUGUGUUAUGACAAGUGCCUUCUAGAAAGAGGGAAACUGAAUUCUGUUGUGGAUAAUCAGGAUGUUUCAAUCAGUGAGGAAUUGACGUCAUCUUUCAAGAGAAUCAAACGCGAAAUCCUAGGGAGCGAGAAAAAUGACAGUGACGCCUGCUUAAUGAACAGUUCAGGCACUUUCAUGCAUCCUGAUACGAAGGUAACAUUCCAGGAACCCAAGGACAAUGGAAGUUUUAUGGCAAACGUAACGUGGGAACCUCUGCUAAGUGACGCUUUUAAUUGGACUGGAUACAGAUUUAUUUACGCCGUUGGUAUGGUAUCUGAAGCUAUCGUUAAGUGCGUGGACCUCUAUAAGAACGAGACGAGUUAUCUUAUAAGCAGUGGUCUGCCGAAUGACUCGCGCUUGCGACUCAGUGUUGUUUCCAUACCAUUUUCCUUCAGCCACGAUAAUUUUACCUUGUCCAUAGACUGCCACAUUCCAUGUAAUGAGAAGCCAACGAUAAGUGGCACAUCAACCCUGAAUACAAGCAUUGUCGUAAGUCCAACGAAAGAAAGUAGCAGGCUUAAUGUUGUCCUUGCUAGUACCCUCCUCACGAUAUUUAUGUGUGUUGUGGCUGCUUUGCUGAUUUUCUUCUACUGCCAUCGACUACAAAAAAAGGCGUUCCUAAGACAUACGGGCUCUUUUGCAGAUAUACAAUUUGAAUACGACGCGUUUGUCAUAUAUAGCUCCCAAGACUCAGAGUGGGUGGUUAAAACUCUUAUCCCAACUCUUGAGGAAAAGCAUGGGCUAAAAUGUUGCGUGCACUACAGAGAUUUCCCUCUUGGAGUUCCUUUUCGUCAAAAUAUGGUUGACAGCGUUUACAAGUGUAAGAAGACAGUAGCUGUUGUGUCCACUCACUUCUUCAAUAGUAACUAUUGUGGCUCAGAACUGGAUUACGCCCUUCAUCGACUUAUGGAAAAGAAAGAUGAUAGCUUAGUUGUUGUCAAACUUGAUGAAGUCGAUAGAAAGAAACUCCCCAGAGAACUACAAAAAAGGAGUUAUAUAGACUAUACAAAGUCCACUGAUAAAGAAACUUGGGAGAGAAAACUAGUGAAAUGCUUGAAGUCCGCCCACUCCCGACCAGAAUAAAGUGUAGUUGGGAGCCUACUACCGAGGCAAAGAAAUCCCUGGUGAUAUACUUUGUAAAACCAUGCAGCCAUUUACAAGGCAUUUUCCUGCAUGGGACAAUCUAUUCGUUAUUUGCUCGAGGGAAAAAUUUUGCCAUUUUCCAGUGAGUUUCUGUAAAAUCUUUUAACCGUCAAGAAAAUUACUUUGUUCAUGUAUCACGCCUAUGAAGCCUUUAAAUUUCUUUCACAAUAUCAAAGGAAUUUACUUAUCUCUUAAUACUACUCGAACUGCAAUGUAAUGUUUUUUUCUUUUUGAGAUCAACUUCCCCUUCUUACCGAGAACCGACUUUGUGCUGAUGUUCAUGCGAACUGGCAUACCCUUUCUAAAGAGCCUAUGAGAAAUUAUCUUCAGGCGCUUUGCUGAAGGAAACUUUGUUUUAUAUCCAAGGGUUCAUUUAGCCAAUAAGUAAACAAGCCAACAAGCUAAAACAAAGCAGUACAGAUAGGUAAAUUCGAGAUCGAUACUUUCAGUUCCUGUGAUAAAAAGAAAAUCGAUUUCUUUCAUUUAAAUGUAAAUCAUCACGAAAAAGUUAUCGAGGAAAAAAAUUGACGGAGCUCUUCGGUCACUUAUGUAGAAAGAUGGCUCUCAGGAGUGUGGUGAACGAAAUGUUGGACCCAAAUGUAUAGUGGAACUACCUUCGUCACUGCAUGUAAGUGUAAAUACUAAAGCUUUAGUGAGCUGACAGAUUUUAAGUGUUUGUUGUUUUUGAAAUAAAAACUGACAGUAAAGUGAA